CACGUCAAACAUCGAAAGAAAAAGAAGCAACCAACUAAUCAAAAAGUCCACAAUCGAGAAUAGUGAUAUUUUUUGGGCAAAUCAACCGAGAAGUUUGAUGACGAAGGCGUUUUUUAUCCGCCGUUCUGUUAGCUGCAGCGCAACUUAAUAGAAAGUGUCCCAAAUUUUAGUUAGAGAGUGCGUCCAUUCGGGAGUGGUCCAGAGUUGUGCGAAAGUGACUGGUCGUCCGGAGAAGUAUAGCGAAACCAGCAACAACUGCUCCAGUAAAAUGAUGGACGGUACGAUUGAGGAGAAUGGAAACGGAACUCCGAUGGCGAGGAGUCCACUAAUGGCAAAUCAGGAUAUGCUGCCAGCGGCACAGAAGGUCGCUCCCUAUUCGGAGGGUGGUCAACCGCAGGCGGCAGCUCAGCAACAGGGAAACAAUAAUAAGGCCGAUGGUGCGACACUCUCUCCUAACUCGUUGCUAGUGGAUAUUUCGGAUGCGUUGAGUGAAAAGGAACGGGUGAAGUUUACCGUCCAUACGAGAACCAACCUGCCAGGAUUCGCCAAAUCGGACUUUUUGGUUGUCCGGCAGCAUGAGGAGUUCGUCUGGUUGCACGAUCGGUUCGAAGAGAACGAAGAGUACGCUGGAUAUAUCAUUCCACCGUGUCCUCCGCGGCCAGAUUUCGAUGCAUCACGGGAAAAACUACAGCGACUGGGGGAAGGCGAAGGCAAUAUGACCAAGGAAGAGUUCAAGAAGAUGAAACAGGAAUUGGAGGCAGAAUAUCUGGCCACGUUUAAAAAGACGGUGGCAAUGCAUGAGGUGUUUCUAACCCGGCUGGCGUCGCAUCCCGUGUUCCGGGAUGAUGCCCAUCUGAAAGUUUUCCUAGAGUUUGAUCAGGAUCUGUGUGCUAAACUGAAACGGAAAAUCGAUGUAUUCGGUGGGUUGAUGAGGAGCCUGGGAAAGACGACGGAUGAGAUUUUCCUGGGGGCAACGGUGAAGGACGUGAAUGACUUUUUCGAGCACGAACUGCAGUUUCUGGGUGAAUACCAUGCGCAUCUGAAGGAGGCAUCGCUGAGGACGGAAAAGAUGACCAACAAGCACAAGGAGGUGGCCGAUUCACACAUCCGCAUCUCGUCGGCACUGACGGCGCUUUCAACGGCCGAACAUGGCAACAUGGAAAAGUUUCUGGCCAAGACGGCGGAUUUUUUCGAAAAGAUUAGAAACAUGGAAGGUCGAGUAGCAAGCGAUCAGGAUCUGAAACUAGGUGACACUUUACGGUACUACCAGCGGGAUAGCGAUGCAGCCAAAGCUCUGCUGGUUCGACGAUUGCGUUGUCUGGCCGCGUACGAAGCUGCCAACCGAAAUCUGGAGAAGGCGCGUUCCAAAAAUAAGGACAUUCAUGCGCCAUUGGAGGUGCAAGAGGCGGAAACGGCGCAGACGCAAGCUUGCGAAAAGUUCGAAUCGAUGUCCGCACGGGGCAAGGAAGAACUGAUCAGUUUUAAAAAGCGCCGAGUAGCUGCCUUCAAGAAGAGCUUAAUCGAACUGGCCGAGCUGGAGAUGAAGCAUGCCAAAUCACAGUACGAAUUCCUGCGUCAGUCGUUACUUUCGCUACAGGAGACUGCCUAGGCAGGCGUGAGCACUCCGAUCACGGACGACAACAUCAAAUAGGAAGAGAAUUGGACUGUCCGUUGUUGGAACGGAGAUCCGACCAGAAACCAGAUGAUCCAGUUCCAAACUGGACUUUUUUUGCGUCACCUCGGCUGGCGGUCGCCAGACGAGCCAGACUUUUAUCUCUGCUGUGUAAAGUUAGGACAACGGCGACUGUUUUGUUCGGGGUGUGUGUGAAAAUAGAAGAAAUUCCAUUUUGCUUUGUAAAUCAAAAACCUUAUUUUUAUAACUAUUUAAUCAAACAUUCUAGUUUUCGUUGACUUAUUGCCUUUGUUAGUUAUUAUAUUUCCAGUUAUGAACUUUCAACACGGAAGAAACUCACGAUAAAGGAACAUAUUUUUUUCGAAUUCGAAUUUGCAUUAACCUAAUUGAUAAGAAUAUUUUAUACCGGAGAGAAGAAGCAAACUAUUUUUAAUGACUUUAUUCCCCGGGUCGAUCUAUUACAGCGAGGAGAUUUGUAUGCGAAGCAUUCUUUCGAUUCGUUCUUCGUUGUUGUCGUGGCAACGCAGAUAACAGAAUAUGCAUUACAUGUUUUGAACCAACAAUAAGAAGUAAACCGAGGUAACAAUAGGAAGGAACGUAUAGAUUUGUUUACGAUCGUAAUCCUUAUUAUUACUAUUAACAUAUUUAAAUUGAAACGGAAAUGAUAAAAUACUAUGUGUAGAUUACGAGGAUGAAUUUGAGCUUGUUUACAAUAACCUAAACCAAUAAAUUUUAAUCUCAAAAUGAUUUGUAAACCAAGGAAACGAACAUGUGGUCUAGACUUAGACGGAGACGUCGGUUGUAUAUUUAUCGACUAGACCGCCUUCAUGUUGAAAUUGGGGCAAUAAAAAAAGGACCAAAUCUUAUCCUCAAUGCAGGAUAAACAGAAUUCAAUGUUUAUUCCUUUACGGCAUAGAUUCGUUAUGUUUCUAUUCGCCUAUGCGUAAGCUAUAUUCACCACUUAGAUCCUUGAUCGAGUGGUGAGAAGAGAAUCGCUCUCUAUUUCCACUCUUCGCUUAAUUUUGGAUUCUCCUUUUGCUUUGGUAAAUUUUGAGUAAAUCUCACGCACACAUCUAUUUUGUUAUUCGGAAAACUCUCAAAUGAGAGGAAAAUGUAUAGAUUAAAGAACUAACAUAGACAUAAGAAAAAUGUAAACUAAUCAAAAAUUU